CCGUGCAAAAGUCGGUUUCCCCUGCCCGUUUCGAGGUAUUUAAAAUUGCUUCCAGUAGUUUCGCGAAAUUUGUGCAAUAUUUCGAGAUCAGUGUUCGGAUCACACAGUGUCGCGUGUUUCAAUUGUUCGAUCGUUUGAUUCAAUUUUCAUCGUACAAUAAAGUGCAACAAAUAAUUAAGUGUAAAAAUGAUUAUACUGUGUAGAUUUCACUGAUCGUUAAAUUAAAAUUAAUACUGCAAAAGUUAAUGAAAAUUAAUGACAGUAGUUUUACAGAAAAUAAUAAGCUAUAGUAUCGAAUAAGUUAUUCAUCUGUUCGAAAUUUUUAUGUAAAAUUUUCGGCAAUCGUGCACGUACAUUAACAGGGUAAUUAAUGAUAAACAGUACGAAAAAAAUGCGAAGAAUUCACUUGCCAUUACAAAAUCAAGAGAUCGAAGUAAUAGCAGAAAAUGUUGACGGCACUCCGAUCGCCACAGGCCUUUGCAGAUUCCCGAGAUUACGCUUGCUGGACAAGAUUUUGAGAUCGGACGAUUAUACGACUUGUACGAUCGUCAACUCCCGGUCACCAACGUUAAAAUACGUUGGUAACACCAAAAAGUUUCCUGCAUCGUUCCCGAAAUCGGUCUCCGCAGCAGAUAGAUUCAUAGUUUCGAGAAAGGAGUACAAUAUGGAUGCAGCAAAUUAUCUUCUGACGAGGAAAACAACUACAAAUUCUUCAGACGAUGACCUCGAUUUGCCAAAAGAGAUCAGUAUGCUGAAUGUAAAAUGGCGGAAGGAUCAGAUGCAUCGAGCGAUGGUAAAGGAAAACGUGAUCCAAGGACUAGGACAGAAAGAAGUAUUGCACCAUAACCGAUUACCUGGGAUUGUAGGGACACAACCAGGAGAGAUGUGGAACGAGCAAUACGCUGCAGACGGAAUGUGGAGAUCGAAGCCACGAAAUAAGCCUUUAAUUUCCAACGCGGGAUUGAUAUUUGAUAUGCCUGAUACCCACAGACGGACACUGCGGAAGCGAUCCACAAUAAAGUGACAAUUUUCGAAGCUACACAGCCUCAACUUGGUAUACAUUUAAACGACGUGAACGCGGCGAGAGUUUGUAUAUUGAAAUGGAACAAUGCAGGUGAUCAAAUAGUCAUUUGUACAUUUUUGGCUUCAAUAAAAUUACACGACAUUGAGUUAGGGAAAAACAUCUGGACCAUAACGUGUAACAAGGCGGUCAGCACCGAUCUGUCUUGUUAUGCCCGCUGCGUGUGCUGGUCACACGACGACAAAUCUAUCGUUGUGGGCUGUAUGCAGUUGAUAACAAUCUACUGUGCAAAAACUGGUCAGAUGGUUAACUCAGUAGUGGCACACAGCGAUGAAAUAUUGACGAUCGCCAUGUCGAUGAAUUCUUAUUAUAUCGCCACGUCCUCGACGGAUAGGAAUAUACGCAUCUUCAGGUGGCCGUCCCUGAAUCCUGCUCUCGAUAUUGCGUACCGCUAUCAGGCUAAUGCGGUGGCAUGGCACCCCUACCACGGUAGCUUGCUGUGCGUAGGCGGCGGUUUGUCCGACGCUUCGGUAUCUUUAUUUGAUGUGGCCUCGAACGUGGUAGGUCAUCGUACUGUUGACUUUUUCGGAUCCGUGGACAACCUGGCGUGGAACAAACACAGCGGAGAGUUGGUCGUCCACUGGACUCAGGUAGACGAGGAUGGCGAAUACACUAUCGUACCAGUUUUCGCGAGUAUCGACCGCAUCGUCGACGCGGUCCCGGUAAACAAGGAAUCGCGGGUCAGUUCCGUCAUGUGGAAUGCUGACCACACACAAAUAGCCGUCUACAAUGCAGAGAGUCUAACUGUAUGGAACUUCUUCGGCGAUGAAUACCAAUAUCAUGAUACCUGCAGAAAACAACGAGAGCCGAAGUACAAAAAAAGGCUCACGAGGCACAGAGGAUUGAACAGCAUUCACCAUUUUAUACGGUAGAUUUGUUACAAUUAACAAAAGGGAAAAGUUUAUUUUAUUUAUACAAGAAAUGAUUAAGAUAAAAAAAGAUUAUGGUAAAUUAUA